GAGGUGACAAUCAUGGAGAGUGCCACGCACAGCACAUUUGGUAUUUUCUGUGGCAUUUCCGAACUUAAGGCGGCCACACAGAAGCAGUGAAAAUCCAAAUGAAACGAGAAAUCUAAUAAUUUUUAGCGUAAAAGUGUUGCAAUUGUUGGUGCAUUUAAUACAGCGAGCAUAGGAAUUUUAAGCCAAGCCCAGUGCAAAGAAUAAGAACUUAAAUAACACUUUUCAAUCUAACAAUAAUUCAGAAGGGGGCCAGUAGAAGAAGCGGAGCAGAGGGGUCGGCGUGGUGCGUACUUGGUGCGAAAUUGCGCAUUAGGAAAGAAAACAACAACAGCAACAGCUAUAAACUGCAAACGCUGGCAAACACAAUUCUCAAUUAUCAGAAACAGAGCGCAGCGAAUCGAACAACAAGCCCAACAAACAAACAAACAGACUAAAACGAGAGCCAGCAUCAACAACAGCUAAUUACAUGGGUCUGACGGAUCAAGAUUGGAUCGGUUGUGCGGUAUCCAUUGCCUGCGACGACGACCUCGGUGUUUUCCAAGGCCUGAUUAAGCAGAUUUCGGCGGAGGAGAUAACCAUUGUACGGGCCUUCCGGAAUGGCGUCCCCCUUCGCAAGCAAAACGCCGAGGUGGUGCUCAAGUGCACGGACAUCCGGAGCAUCGAUCUCAUCGAGCCCGUGAAGCAGGACGUCGAUGUGCAUACAGCGCCGCCAGUUAUCAACAAACCCACUCCGGUGAAGCUGCCCCACUUUUCCAAUAUUCUGGGCAAGCAGCAGCAGCUUCAACUCCAGCAACAACAACAGCAGCAGCAACAACAGAAACAGCAAAGUCAGGAUCAGGAUGUGCCAUUGACGCCCAGGGGAAAAGCCAAUGGCUAUGGACGAGGACCAUCAGGAGGAGCCGGCAACUCGGCCCUCACUGACAAAAUGAAUCAACUGAAGCUAAUUGAGACCAACGGAUGCAAUGGAAGAACCUCGCAGACGUCGCGGUCGUCCAGUUCUCAGCAGCCACAAUUGUCAACGACUCCCAGCAGCGUGGCCGCCUUCUUUGGCAAUAUGAUUCCGGCCAAGGUGGAGGUCAAGCUGGGCUCCACGGCCUACGGGAGCCACGGCAACAAUACGCGAGAGAGCUACUGCAGCAGCAGCGGGGACAGUGGCGAGGCUGCGGCCGUUGUUGUGGGCGCCAGGACCAGCACCAGGCCCAUCGAUAUCGUCAGCAAUGGGGACGGAUACUACAAACAGGCCGCCUCCAGUUAUGGCAACGGCAAUGGCAACUCCAAGAAGAAUACUAAUGGCAACGGCUCGUAUACUAAUGGGAAUAUAAACGGCAACGGCAAUGGUAAUGGAAAGAAUAAACGGAACAGAAUUAGGCGGGAGAGCAGCAUGCGACAGCAGCAAACCUUUGGCAGCGAAGCGGACGAUCCGCUACUUAACGAGGACUUUGAUUUCGAGGGCAAUCUGGCACUCUUCGACAAGCAGGCUAUUUGGGAUGAUAUCGAGUCGACCCACCAGAAACCGGAUGUGGUGCGGCACCAAGUGAACCAUCAUCAUCACCAGCCGGAGCAGAAGUACCGGCACGACGAGAACAUUUUGGCCAGUAAGCCGCUGCAGUUGCGCCAGAUCGAGACUAUGUUUGAUGGUAGCAAGGAUUUCGUUACGGACGACGGCCUGAUCAUCCCAACGAUUCCAGCUUAUGCUCGGAAUAAGAUCGAGAUAUGUGCCGAUAAGGCCGGAUUAUCGCUGCAACGGCAAAUAGAUAUUUUGGCGCGCGGGGCCAGCGAUCUGGCCAUCACUCUGCUGGGCGGUGCCAGGCGUCUGACUCCGGCCAACAACCAUCAGUGGCCGAAGAUAGUCAUCAUUUGCGAUGGCGUCAAAAGCAUGAGAACGAUCAACAUUGGAGCUGCUACGGGUCGCCAGCUGGCUUCCCAUGGUCUUACAGUCCUACUCUACGUAGAACAAGUCCAACUGGUGGAACAAUACGGCAAUAGCCCAGAGAUUACCCUGUUUAAGGCAACCGACAAUGCCAUAGUCCACUCAGUAGAGACCUUGCCCACGCCAGACCUUGUGAUACUCUCGACCAACACGGCUAAUCUGUCAGAUACAAUCAAGAAAUGGCUCAGUGUAAAUCGUGCUUCGGUGCUUGCCAUAGACCCACCGCCGUGUGGCAUCAACGAAGUGGCAAUCAAGUACUCAAUAUUACCCAUUCUACCAUUAAAUGGCAUAUCAACAGCACCAUCAUCUUCAUCGGCUGCCGCCACACCAACGCCGAUAGCCAGCACAUCGGCUGCAGCUGCAGCUGCAACAGCAACAGCAUCAGCAUCAUCAACGAACAAUUGUGGCAAAUUGUAUUUAUGUAAUCUAGGUAUACCGGAUAAAUUCUAUCGUGAUUGUGGCAUUAAGUACAAAAGUCCCUAUGGACAUAAAUAUGUGAUACCGAUUCACUCAAAGGACUGAAACAACGACAACAACAACACAGAAACCAACAACAUCAAUAACAGCAAUCAAAUAGCAUCAUCAGAACUAUCAACAGAUCAUUAAAAAACUAAACACACUUAUGCAAAUAACCAAAAGAAAAGCGACAAACACAAUAACACACACACACACACACCCCGCACACUUGUGAUGAUCAUCAAGUCCAGUUUCCUGUGAAUCUAGCUCUUAGUGGUCUUCUCUCAUAUCUUACUCAGAUUUAACAUUAUGUUCUAUAGCGCUUAUAUAUUUAGUUGUUAGUCUUUAGUAUAGUUAUUAUAUCUACAUUUUUUCAACAUACCUAUUUAAAAACUGCCCCAGGCCACGUGCCACAUUAUUGUUAACUUUCAAAUUGUACUAUUAUUAUUUUUUUUGAUAUAAGCAAAAACCUUAUUACCGUGUAGCCCCCCUUGGUUCUAAAAGCUAGUCCAGCAUUUACAAAGUUUUUAAAGCUGUAGUUUAGGCGCACGCUCGCAGAAUUUUUAUUUCAAAACUUCCGAAUCCCUUAAGACUCAAGGCUUUAAUUCUUUAAUUUUUUUUUUUUUUUAAUUCUCCUACCAUCCCGCAAGUGGUCUUCGUAAUCAUAAAUCGUAUCAGCAAAUCAGGCAAAUAAACAAAUUGUUUGUAAAUAUCUGUACAAUUCUAUGGAGAGAGAGAUCAUGUUAAUUAUUAUCAAGAAGUAUGCGCAAUAAAUGCCAAAUUAAAUGUCUAAUUUUAAGCAUUACAUCCGGAGCAAAAGCAACAAUUGUACGAUAUAAAAUGGAAUUUAAAUCCAACUAUAAAUCAAAUCAGAUUAGGCUAAGUUAGAUCCGUAAGAUUCGAGUGUUUAAACAUUUAAAAAAGAUGUGGAAACUUUCUAUAUUGUGUAGACGUAUUUAAGAUGUGUCUUUAAGCAAAACUAAAAACAAUGUCGAGAGCAUAAUUUUUUACCCAUCGAAUACUAAGGAGAAACCACAACACAAUACUUAUACUCUAAACUGUAGAACGAUGAAUUUUAUAUAAGGUUAAAAGAAAAAUCCAAUCAAAUAGUGCAAAAUUUUAAAAGGUUGGCAACCAAAAACUUAAAGCCAGCCACCCCAAAACUUAAACUAAUUGUUGUAUAAAUAAUAAUUCUAAUUGUAAAGAUACCAACACAAGUAGAUUCUAAAUUCCAAUCAUGUUGAUGAUCAUCUGAAAAUUCAAUUUCCUAAAAACAAAAACAAACCAUUAAAAUUAUAUUAUAACAGAGAGUUGAUUGCGGACCAAGCCGACGCACAAGUCGGUUCCCGGUUCUCGCACUGACUGUUUUGAGUUAGGAGUAGUAGAGGAGAGUUUUAUAAAAGACCUCGAGGAGGGACGUUAGUGGAGAGCAGAUGAGAAGGUUUUCCCAUGCCACAGCAGCAACAUAGCAGCUUACAAAUUCCAAAAACCAAUCAAAAUGAAAACCAACACCAACACACAAUGUGAAAACUAAAACCAAACACAUCCAGAGAUUUUUAGGAAUGCUUUAAAAUUGUAAAAAAAAAAAGAAAAAAACAUCUAUUUUCGGGCCAAUUGAAAUUGUUAAACGAUAAAGAUUGAAAACCUAAUUUUAAAAUUAUACAAAAAAGACAAAAAAUUGUACAGAAAUUCUCUUUUGGAACAAAGCUUGUAAAUUAAUCAAGAAAAAAUAAGGAAGCGGAUCAAAAAAGAAAAGAAAAAACACAAAAAUGAAAUCCUUUCAAAACUAAACAGCAAUAUUUAAAAAUAUACAAACCAACACCGAGAAGCCUUCUCAUGGAAAA